AAAUGUUAUGAGCAGAAGCAGUACAAAAAUGGCCUCAAGUUUUGCAAGAUGAUUCUUUCAAACCCGAAAUUUGCUGAACAUGGAGAGACUUUGGCUAUGAAAGGACUAACGCUAAACUGUUUAGGAAAACGAGAAGAAGCAUAUGAAUUUGUUCGUAAAGGACUUCGAAGUGAUGUCAGGAGUCAUGUCUGUUGGCAUGUAUACGGCCUCCUGCAGCGUUCGGAUAAGAAGUAUGAUGAAGCUAUUAAGUGUUACCGAAAUGCACUCAAAUUAGAUAAAGAUAAUUUGCAAAUCUUGAGGGAUCUCUCUCUAUUACAGAUUCAGAUGAGAGACCUUGAAGGCUAUCGAGAGACAAGAUACCAGCUUCUUCAGCUGCGCCCAACACAGCGUGCUUCCUGGAUUGGAUAUGCCAUUGCAUACCAUUUACUGAAAGAUUAUGAUAUGGCGCUAAAAUUACUAGAAGAAUUUAGACAAACACAGCAAGUUCCUCCUAACAAAAUAGAUUAUGAAUAUAGUGAACUAAUACUAUAUCAAAAUCAAGUGAUGAGAGAGGCAGAUUUAUUUCAAGAGUCUUUGGAACAUAUAGAAACAUAUGAGAAGCAGAUAUGUGAUAAACUUUUGGUGGAAGAAAUUAAGGGGGAAAUGCUGCUGAAAUUGGGAAGAUUAAAAGAAGCCAGUGAAGUAUUCAGAAACUUGAUUGAUCGGAAUGCAGAAAAUUGGUGUUAUUAUGAAGGUUUGGAAAAGGCAUUGCAACUCCGCUCUUUAGAUGAGAGGCUUCAGAUUUACGAAGAAAUUAGUAAGCAGCAUCCCAGAGCAGUUUCACCAAGAAGAUUGCCUUUGAAUCUUGUCCCAGGUAAAAAAUUUAGAGAACUCAUGGAUAAGUUCCUGAGACCAAACUUCAGCAAAGGGUGUCCACCCCUGUUCACUACUUUGAAAUCUUUGUAUUCUAAUACAGAAAAGGUUUCAAUAAUCCAGGAACUUGUUACUAAUUAUGAAGCUUCUCUUAAAAUGAAUGGCUUUUUUAGCCCUUAUGAGAAUGGGGAAAAGGAACCCCCAACAACUCUACUCUGGGUUCAGUAUUUCCUGGCACAGCACUUUGAUAAACUUGGGCAGUAUUUGUUGGCUUUGGAGUAUAUUAAUGCUGUGAUUGCUGGUACUCCAACUCUAAUAGAAUUAUUCUACAUAAAAGCAAAAAUUUACAAGCAUAUAGGUAAUCUCAAAGAAGCAGCAAAGUGGAUGGAUGAAGCACAGUCUUUGGAUACAGCUGAUAGAUUCAUCAAUUCCAAAUGUGCAAAAUACAUGCUUCGAGCAAAUAUGAUAAAAGAAGCAGAGGAAAUGUGCUCCAAAUUCACAAGGGAAGGAACAUCUGCCAUGGAAAAUCUAAAUGAAAUGCAGUGUAUGUGGUUUGAGACAGAAUGCAUUUUAGCAUAUCAGCGCCUUGGGAGAUAUGGGGAUGCCUUGAAAAAAUGUCAUGAAGUAGAAAGGCAUUUUUUUGAGAUAACUGAUGAUCAAUUUGACUUCCAUACAUACUGCAUGAGAAAGAUGACCCUUCGUGCUUAUGUUGACCUCUUGAGAUUAGAAGAUACUCUCAGAAGACACACCUUUUAUUUCAAGGCUGCUAGAUCAGCAAUUGAAAUAUAUUUGAAAUUACAUGAUAACCCUUUAACCAGUGAAAGCAAGGAACAAGACAUAAAUUCAGAAGUACUGUCAGCCAAAGAACUGAAGAAAAUGCUUAGCAAGCAAAGAAGAGCCCAGAAAAAGGCUAAGUUACAAGAAGAUAGAAAGCACACAGAAAGGGAACGUCAACAGAAAAAUCAAAAGAAAAAAAGAGAAGAAGAAGAAGAAACUGCCAGUGGUCAUAAGGAAGAACUUGCAGCUGAAAAACUAGAAAGGGUUGACAAUCCAUUAGAAGAAGCCAUCAAGUUCCUCAUUCCUCUAAAGACCCUUGCUGCUGAUAACAUUUAUACCCAUCUGCUGGCAUUUGAAAUAUAUUUUAGGAAAGAGAAGUUUCUGCUAAUGUUGCAGUCUGUUAAACGAGCCUUUGCCAUCGACAGUAAUAAUGCAUGGUUACAUGAAUGCUUGAUUAAAUUUUCUAAAUCUGUAUCUAAUCAUAGUAAUAUUCCAGACAUUGUGAGCAAAGUUCUAGCUCAAGAAAUGAAGAAAAUAUUUGUCAACAAAGAUUUGCAACGCUUUAAUGAGGAUUUCCUCAUACACAAUGCUACCUCUCUUCAGCAUCUACUUUCAGGUGCUAAAAUGAUGUAUUUUCUGGAUAAGUCAAGACAAGAGAAAGCAAUUGCUAUAGCCACUAGGUUGGAUGAAACCAUAAAAGAUAAAAAUGUGAAGACUCUUACAAAGGUUUCUGAGGCACUGCUGGAUGGCAGCUUUGGGAACUGUAGUUCCCAGUAUGAGGAGUAUAGGAAGGCCUGCCAUAACCUGCUUCCACUUACAUCUGCUUUCCUGCCUGCUGUGACCGACACUGCACUGAACCGAACAAUUGACCCUGAGCUCUUGUGGCCUGAAAUUUGAAAUCUUGUGCACAGUUUGCUCCUACAGAUUCAAAGUUGAAUUCACAUCAGGGUUUCUUUUCCAUUAGUAUGAAGUGAAAUAUUGGUAUGAAAUGAAAUAUUUGGAUAGAAAUUUUAAAUGGAGUAUUGUGUAAGCUUAUUUUAUGCUGUGUCUGGCCUCCAAUUUACAUAGACAUCUGUUACAAUUACUUGUUUAUACUUGUACAGUCUUAAACUCCUGAAUUAUGGGUGUUGUUGCUUCUGUAUUAUACUUUAGUUGUUGAUUAAGGUGUAGACAGCCCACUUACGAUAUUUUCUUUUGAUCCUAUCUUCAGAAUCUGUUUUGAUCUCUUUAUUGGCUACUUUAUUUGAUUUUGUUUUAUUUUGAAGUGUUAGCUGUAUGUUAAGAAAUAGCCAUAUUUUCCAUUUUGGUGGAUAAUGCUAGUUUACUCCCUUUUUACCUUAACUUGAAUGAUUUGUAUUCCCUCCUUGUCUCAUUAAACUCUAAUAAAGUCUAACAUUCUUUUGUAAUAGCCAUAAAAGUGGUACUUUAUGGUUAAAUAAAGGUACUCCAGUUUUUAUGUUGAUGAUUCAGAAUGUGAAGAACUGGUUUGCCUCUUAAUCAUAUAAAUUUACCAUUAAUUUCAUUGUGUAUCUGUUCUAUUCUUGAAGACCAUUAUGGAGGAAUUGUGUUUUCUUGAUUGAUUGCUUAGAGAGGUAGCAAGUAGCUAAUCCUGAGACGUUUUCUUCAAGGGAGCAUGAUUGGGCAGAGUACAAAUUAAAACAGCACUAUCACCCUCACAGCCAUUCUUUAGCUAUUGUGUAAAUUUUUAGAUUCCUCAGAUGAGAAUUUAAACUAUAAUUAGUUAAGCUAUUAAAUCAUAGUGUUGUUGAACAGUAUUGGGGGGGACACCUUUUUUUUGCCAUAUCAUAUAAUGGAAUCACUCUGUUUCUCAGCUAUGUGAAUAUGUUUGUAAAUCUACUGUCUGAUACAAACUCAGAAUGGAGAUUUUUAGACAGUUCUAAUUAAAGUGAUUUUCCUUUUUUUUUUUUUUUUUUUUGAUUUUCCGAGACAGAGUUUCUCUGUGGCUUUGGAUUUGGAGGCUGUCCUGGAACUAGCUCUGUAGGACCAGGCUGGUCUCAAACUCACAGAGAUCCGCCUCUGCCUCCCGAGUGCUAGGACUAAAGGCGUGCACCACCACCCCCGGCGUGAUUUUCCUUUAUCUCUUUAGAUCCAUAGUUGCUGAGAGGAGAAAAAUUAACUGUAAAAUAAUGCCAAUCUAGACAAUUCUGUAAUAAAUUAUUUUGUACAAAA